UCUGCGUGUGAAGAGCAGAGACUUGGUCACUGCUUUUAAACGCAUUUCCCAAUCUUCUCUCAUUCAACCAACACGUUGCUCCUAUAUUUCAGACUUCAUUUACCAUCAUUAUGCAUGUCUUGGACCUAAGCUAAUCUGUGAUAAUUCAACUGAAGGGGACGAAGGAGAUUCGUUGGGUUUUGCUCAAUCCCCUUCAUUUUCUAAAGCUAUAUAUAUACCCUUAACUGUUUAUAGGACCCUUUUGCUCUUUUCACUGAUUUCUUGUUUUAUCUCUAUCUUCUUUAGCUAAAACCUAGAAUUUUGUAAAGUUAAUACUUACUGUUCGGUUUUAAUUUCUUCCUUCCAUCUAAUGGUUUAUGAUCAAAACUUCUAUUUCUUUUAAGUAGAUCAAUCUGGUUUUAGCAUUGUUCAUAUAUUUCUUUUACUGUGUUGUUUUCGGGAAAGAAGUUUUCCUAGAGAACGUUAGAGCUGUAAUGCCUGCCAAGUGCUUGUUAUUUGUCACUGAACCAAAAUUCUCUGAGAAAUUAUACACGUGAGAUCUUCCGAGUUUGGUGGGAUUAAUUAAGAACUUUUUGUGAGUGGAUCGAGAGUGUCUAGAAGAAGAAAAAGAAGAAUGAAGGGAGGAAUUGAGGAGGUAAAGGAGAUAAGCCCAAUGUUUCCUAGGCUGCAUGUUAAAGAUGCAGAUAAAGGAGGACCAAAAGCCCCUCCAAGGAACAAGAUGGCUCUCUACGAACAAUCCACCAUCCCUUCUCAAGCUCUUGCUUCUGGAUCCCCACCCAAGUUUCCUCCUCUUCUCAGAAAUAAUUUCACAGUUCCUGCAUUGUCUGGCCAUGUCAGUAGCAGUCCAGGCAUCCAAUUCUGCAACUCAGGUGUAUCUUGUUAUCUGUCUGAGAAGAUUCAUGCUUAUCAAUCCAGAACUGUGAACUUCACCAAAUUGAUGCCAGAUGGUCUCAUCAGUUGUAACAAUUCUACAAAAAAUUACGAGCAUGGCGAUGCUUUGGUAACUCCUGUCGCUACCCAUGGAAAAAAUUCAUGCUGCAGCAUCAACCAGAAUGAGGAAGAUGAGGAGAAACUUGCUCACUGUAAAUCAAGCUGUUCACUUCUAAGUCAAAAUUCAUUCAGUAAGAAGGUGAGUUUAACUAGACCCAUAGAACUGAUGCCAGCAAGAUAUGAGAAGAACAGGACAGACGAUCACACAGAAGUAAAUCAAACAGAUCUCCCGGAGGAAGGGUCUGCUUAUCCAUUAACUGGUUUUGGUGAUAUGACGGAUGAAUCAUCAAUCUCAUCAGUCAAAAUUAAAACUCCUAAACCAAUAAAGAAAGCAAAUUCAUCUUUGAUGGAAGACUUUAGAAGUAUUUCAGCAGAUAGCCUGAAAAUAUUGCAAGGUAGCAAUGGCCUGGCAAAUGAAGAGGAUGCAGCUUUUGGGGACAAAAUCAACCUUAGGGAUGGUUACUUGGAGAAGCCGGCAACAACUGACGUUCAAAAAUGUCCUGAUGUUUUAGAAAUUGAUAGAAAGUGCUUCUGGGGCAAGAGAGACGGGCAUAAAAGUGAAGAUACCUAUAGACAUUAUGACGCUCUAAGUAAUAACGUCCCAGACUAUACAAUAGGCAUAAAAAUGAGAAUCACUCCUGAUGAUGUUAUGGGAGUUAUGGGGGAAAAGCAAUUCUGGAGAGUAAGAAGAACCAUCAUCAAUCAACAGAGAGUCUUCGUUCAGCAAGUGUUUGAACUGCAUAGACUGAUAAAGGUACAAAAGCUAAUUGCAGGAUCACCCCAUCUCUUGAUUCAAGAUAAGCUUCUAUUGAACAAACCUACACUAAAAGUAUCUGCUCCCAAGAAACUACAAUCUGACUCCGUCAUAGAACAACCAUCGUCAAAUGCCAAACUAAACGACAGCAACUUUGAGAAACCUAUCACUGUUGAAUGUGCUGAAAGUAAUAUAAUACGCUUUCCUGGGGUCAACAAUAUGAGCAAAGGCCCCCAUGUUCAGCUUCCAACUUAUGGUCAUCACUCGGGAAACAAUCAACUAGCCCUUCCAGCUCCCACAAGUACCAAAACAUCCCCAUGCUAUGUCCACGCAGCGCCAGGAAAUCAGUGGUUAGUGCCCUUCAUUUCCCCUUCUGAAGGCCUUGUAUACAAGCCCUUUGUAGGACCAUGCCCUCCAAAUGCAGGUUUUAUGGGACCAGUAUAUGGAGCUUGCAACCCUAUAAGCCUCACCCCAGGAAAUAAGGAUGUUCCAGAUGCAACUCAUGUUCCAUAUAUACUUCCACCAUCUACAUCUGCUUUUGCGCAUGAGCAAAUGAGCCCUCCCACAAAGAUGCAAUCUAAAGGUGGUACUGAAAAUUACCAAUCAACCGGGUUUGUAAAUUCUUCCAUAUUAUACCAAAGCACAUCUAACAUGUCCAGCCAGAUGAGUCAAGUGAUGUCAAGACACGUUACAAAUGAUAAUCACACAUCAGAAGAUAAAGAUUUACAGACAAGUACAGGAAGCAGUCCCCCUAAGAGGAUGAAAGGGGAUGCACUUCCUUUGUUUCCAAUGGCACCAACAUUUUGGGCAUCAUCGGAUCACCAGAAGGCCCAAGCUGUAAAAGAACAUCAGCCACGUAUAAUCAAAGCCAUACCUCACAAUCCCAAGUCAACAACAGAAUCGGCAGCUAGAAUAUUUAGGUCAAUACAAGAAGAGAGGAAGCAUUUAUGA